AUGUCAACUCAACAGCUCUCAGAGCCGACUGGGCUCGCCAACCUCCCCUGCGAGAUCCACCUGGAGAUAUUCUCAUACCUCUGCCCAAUGGGAGGAGCUCAUGGCCUUGUCACUGCAUGCAAAAGGCUCUACAACAACUUGAUCAUCGAGUUCUACAAGGAGUCCGGCCCGCAGCUCAACUGGCUUCCUCUUCUCGUCGCCAUCAGCCAAGGCAACAUCGACAUCCUCGAUAAGUGCCUAAAGGCUGGGGCGCCGCUCAACCACCGCUGGCCGUAUCUGGGCGAAUUUGGAAGGGCAAACGAUCCUAAAUUUUUCCGAUGUUGCCAACCCCUUUACUUGGCGACAUGGUAUGGCCAGGACGAUGUCCUGAGAUGGCUGGUUGAUAGAGGAGCUGUCGCUACGGAUGAAGAGAGGCCUCAUUUCAUCGAGUCCAUAACAGCCGACCACCUCGUUUCCGAUGUGACGACUGCUGAAGGGAGAUGGAAGCCUGUCAUGUAUCAACAAGAGGCUUGCCAGCAGGAAACUCAUUCACCCAAGCCUUCCCCUCAUUUCGUCUGGCAUAGUUCUGAGCUGAGGCUCACGGAUAUCUUUUCAAGGCUACUACGCCUCUACAAGACCCAAUGCGUGGAUCCCUUCUCCAGUUACCGGUACUGGAACAGAGAUUAUACUCAAAGCGGAAGUCGAAUCUACUUGGACAACUGGAUAGAUUGGAUCUGGCGUGACAUGCUCCUCUCCGCAUCAGACCCGGUUCCCAUUCUAGAGUGA